AUGUCUGGUCGUCAAGGUGGUAAGUUGAAGCCUUUAAAGAGCAAGAAGAAGUCUCAGGCGGACCUAGAUCCCGAAGAAGCCGCUUUCAAAGAGAAGCAAAAAGCUGACCAGGCUGCCAAGAAGGCCUUGUUGGAAAACAUGAAGGGUGGCAAAAACCUUGUCAGCGGAGGAAUCAAGAAAUCCGGCAAGAAAUAA